AUGCUCGGGUCGUCGACCGCGCCGGAGAGGGUCGGGAAGGUCCGCGUCGCCGUCGUCGGCGACACGGGCUCCGGUAAGACCUCCUGGGUCCACCUCAUCCGCGCCAACGGCCCGCACGGCGGAUCGCGCGGCGCCGGUGCCGCCUCCGUUCGCGAUCAGGAGCGGACGAUGGGAUGCAAGCCGGAGGUGACGAUGGUGUCGUUCGACGAGGUGCGAACGACGGGGGGCGCCAACCCGUCGCGACCGUACUUCGUGGAGAUGUGGGACGUGGGCGGGCACCACGAGUGGAAGAACCUGAGGGCCGCGUUUUACGCCGACCUGGACGGCGUCGUGUUGGUGCACGACCUGACGCGGAGGCGGACGCUCGGACGAUUGGCGCGUUGGGCCAGGGAGAUCGCCGCGUCCGCCUCGUUCGCGUCCCAAACCCCCGCGGGUUCCGAGACGGACGCGCGCGACGCCAUGGUCGCCGCCGUCGGGGGUAAGCUCCUCGGCGACGCCCUCGACGGCUGCGUCGUGCACGGCUUCUGCGGACUCCCCGUCCCCGCGCUCUUCGUGGGGAACAAGGCGGACAUCGUAGAUCCAUCAUCGUCGAGGGACGGGGAGGACGCGUCGACGCCGGGGGAGAUACUGAGCGCGCUGCUGUGGAGGGCGUGGGUGGCGAUCGCCACCAGGCUUCGCCUGCCAAAGGCGUGGCGGGGCGGGGCGAACGGGACCCCCGGGGGGCACAAGCGGAGCGGGUCCUUCGCGACCCUGCUGCCGACGACGGUGCAGGAAUUAAAGCGGGUCUCGUCGGGGGUGUUCGGCGACGGGGGGGGCGUCGGCGGCAGCUGGGACCAGCCGGACACGCCGCCGUCGUCCGCGUCGGCGGCGCACGCGGCGUCGUUGCCCCCGCCAUCCGGUGGGCUGCGGUGCAGUGCCACGCGCGGGGACGUGGACAUGACGGUGGUGGAGGCGUACUUCCGAGAGCUCAUCCGCCGGAGGCACUAUACUGGGAAAGCGGGCGGCACGGUGUGGGCGUCGGCGGCGGGGGGCGGCACAGCUGGCGGGUUCGAUCUUCCGACGCCGCCGACGACGACGCGGGGGGAUCACGGCGGCGGGGCGUGGCUCCGGGGGACCGGGGCGGGGACGACGACGCAGCCGGCGCGGGCGCAGUGGAUGGGCGGCGACAGGUUAGACGCAAACGACCUGACGUGA